ACAUGGACCUUUCCAGCUAGUGUGGCCACUUCCGGCUGCUGUGAACAAGGACAAUGUCUCGGCCCAGUUUAUAGAUGGACUUCUAAAGAUAAUCAUUCCAAAACUAUGAACGUAGUGAUCAUGUGAGUUGCACCAACCAAACUCUGUCUUGCAAACACUAGUCAUGGGUGCUAUUGCCAUCAGCGCAGUAGCUGUAGUACUACUCCUUUCUCUGCUCCAUGUAAAGAGCAGCAAUGCAAUUGGGUGUGAUUAUUUUCAGGGGAGCUGGGUUUACGAUAAUUCUGGAGAUUAUCCGUUCUACCAGACACCCAACUGUCCCUUCAUAGAGAAGCAGUUUGAUUGUCAAAAGAAUGGUCGACCAGACACUGAAUAUCUCAAAUACAGAUGGAAACCAACUCGCUGCGAUUUACCAAUGUUUAAUGGUCGAGAUUUUCUGAGUAAACUGACAGGGAAGAGCAUCAUGUUUGUAGGAGAUUCACUGGGCUUGAACCAAUGGCAGUCACUCACUUGUAUGUUACAUACGUCAGUUCCAGAGGCUAAUUAUACCUCAGUCAGAACUGGAGGCCUAUCCACUUUCACAUUUCCAAGUUACAAUGUGAAGGUAAUGUUAUCCCGCAAUGCAUUUCUGGUAGAUAUGGUGAGCACAAGCAGAGGACCAGUUCUGAAACUGGACUCUAUUGAAGGUGGAGAACUAUGGAAGGGAAUUGACGUAUUGGUAUUCAAUUCAUGGCAUUGGUGGCUUCACACGGGAAGAAAACAACCAUGGAAAUUCAUUGAGGAAGGGAAUAAGACAUACAGUGACAUGGACAGACUGGUUGCGUAUGAGAAGGCCUUGAACACAUGGUCCAGAUGGGUAGACACUAACGUCAAUCCUUCCCGGACCACAGUCUUCUUCCAAGGAGUUUCCCCAGAUCACAUGAACGGAGCUGACUGGGGAGAGGCUGGUGCAAAGAACUGCGAGGGACAAACAAAGCCGGUUGAAGGUGCAAAUUAUCCAGCAGGACCACACCCUGCGGAGUUUGUGGUGGAGAGAGUGUUGGGAGGAAUGUCAAAGUCAGUCUACUUGCUCAACGUCACCACUCUAUCACAACUAAGAAAAGACGCUCAUCCCUCCGUCUACGGCCAUGGCGGCCACCACGACAUGGACUGUAGCCAUUGGUGUCUAGCUGGUGUACCUGACACUUGGAAUCAACUCCUAUAUGCGGCUAUUACUACAAAGACUACAGCCUAAUUGAUUCAUAUUUUUAUGUUACGUCAACUUUGUCCAAGACGAAUAAAUUAAUUGUUGAUUUCAGGGUCAA